UACAUGACAGUUUUACGUUUUACCUGUUGGGAAUAGUGCACUUUGCCAGCCAUUGAUGAAUUAAAAUAUCAUACCACAAGGUCUUCUAACGUAAAUUGACUGUAAUAUUAUUGCAAAUCAGUGAAAAUUAAAAGUAAAGCCAGUGAUAACGCUACCACGUGAAGUAAGACGCUGUCAAAAUGGGGAAGCCACCAAAAAAGAAAGGAGGAAAAAAGAAUGUACAGAAAGAAGAAGAGCCGUCACAGAGCUCUGUGUCUGUUGAGGAGCCAACUUCUCCGGAUGUCCCAGAAGCAGAAGCAGAAGAUGAUUCUAAUCUUUCGGCAGCAGCUCGCAAAAGAAAGGAGAAAAAAGAGAAGAAGGAAAGAUCAUUGCAAGCUUUGCAAGCUCUGCAGGGAAUGAAAAAACUAUCAAUAUCAGAAUCUUCAAAAGAUGAACCAGGUGCUAAAGAUGAGUCUACUUGUAAAGAGGAACCAACUUCUAAGGAGGAGGCUAGUAAACCCGAGCCCGAAACUCCUACAGAGGCACCGUCACAAAUUCAAUUGGAGGCUGCGGCUAUGCCAUCACAGGAGAAACCUCCACCAGAGGCAGCCAAAGAACCACCAAAGCCGGCUGAAGAAGAAGAAUUUGGGCUAGGUCUGGGCUUAUCAGGUACUAGGAAGAAGAAGCCUAAGAAGAAAAAGGCUGAACCAGCUCCAACAGUUGAGGCCCAGCAAGCAUCAGCUCCACAGACAGCAGAUCCCCUUAAAGCUACACCCACAUCUCCAGCAGGAGCUCCAGUCUUGGUGCAGAUGCCUGAACCUGCGCACGCUGCUCCUGGACCAUGGAGCAAGAGUGGAUCUGGAAAAAGCCGUGGAUGGACUCCCGUCCCUCUAGGCACUAUGCCAGAGCCACCCGCGAGACUGGUUCCGCAACCGACGCCGGUACCGCAAGCGACGCCGAUACCGCAAGCGACGCCAACAGCUGUGGUUCCUACUGCACGUGCUCCUAAAUCCAUGGAACCUACCAUGUGUCGGUAUCAGAUACCAAACAAAAUUCCCGGUAACCGUGUUCGAGCUGCCCACAUAAGAGUUAUGGUCAACUAUUUGGAAAUGGAAUUUAAAUCCCUUAAAAUUUAUCGCUAUGACGUUAGCAUUACCCCUGACAAACCCAAGAAGAUGUUGCCAGAUGUAUUUUUAAAAGUGAAAAAUAAGUUUUUCGCUAAUGAAUUAAUAGCGUUUGAUCAGAUGAAGAACUGUUAUUCGUUGAAUGCUCUUAAGAACAUUACGACGACGGAGCGGUUCCAUGCUACUGUCGAGCUUCUAGAUCAGAAUCAAAGAUCGAUAAAUUUUGACGUUUCACUGAAAGCCACAGGAGUCGUCGAUUUGGAAAAUAUUAAAAAUUACAUGAGAACGCGCGCUUCGUCUCUUUGCCAUCCUACUGAGGAGAUCCAAUGUAUCGACGUUAUUUUACGCCAGGGGGCGUUGGAGUCGUACGUUAAGGCUGGCCGUCAAUUUUUCAAACGACCAUCCCGCCCCAUAGAUUUGGGCUUUGGUUAUGAAAUGUGGACGGGGUUGUUCCAAUCCGCUAUAUUUACCAAUAAAGCCUUUAUCAACAUUGAUGUGGCGCACAAAGGCUUCCCAAGGCAUCAGAGUUUGCUUGAUGCCAUGAUCAAAGAUUUCAACUUGGAUCCUACCAAGCCACUUGAUAACCAACGUGGAUGUGACUAUUUCGCUGCAUUCGUUAAAGGAUUGAAGGUGGUUGCUACUCUGGUCGGUAACACGCCCUCGGCUGGUCAUCGUCGGGAGUUCAUCUGUAACGGCCUGGUGGGCCCACCCCACGAUCUGGUCUUCACCAUCACAGAAUCAGACGGACGUACUAGAAAGACAUCUGUCGCGGAAUAUUUCGCGAAAGACAAAAAUUACAGGCUGCGGUACCCAAGACUUAAUUGCUUGUGGGUCGGAAAUAAGGACCGAUGCAUUUACUUCCCCAUCGAACUCUUACAUGUCGCUGAGGGUCAGGCAUUAACAAGACAGUUGAACGAACAACAAAUAUCGAAAAUGGUUAAGGAGGCAGCCACACCUCCCGAUGAGCGCUUGAAGAAAAUCAAAGAAGUGAUUUCUAAUAUGAAGUACUCGCAAAACCGAGAUUUCAAACGGUUUGGAUUGGAGAUCUCGGAGAAGUUUUACACUGUCAAAGCUAAAGUACUGGAGCCUCCUGUCUUGGAGAUUGGAAACGGGAAAGUCACUCCUAGGAAAGGUCAAUGGCAAGCUAACAAGCUGUUGAAGCCCGAAGCACUUACAUCGUGGGCUCUCAUCGCCGUCGACACGGAUUCCAGGAAUGAUUAUGGACCCAUGAUCGAUUUGAUCGUUAGUACCGGAGGACAGUUGGGAAUGGCUGUAAGCAAACCUAAGUUUGUCAAUGUGAACGCUAAGAUGAAGAUGUUGCAUAGCAUUCUGAUGAAUGCUUACCGUGACGUCCGCUUCGUCUUCAUAAUCGUGUCGGCUAGAGGCCGCGAUGACUAUCAUAAGGUGAAGCAAUUGGCGGAACGUGAGGUGGGCAUUCUGACGCAAUGCAUCAAGGAGGCGACCGCGCGCCGUAUGAACCAGAUGACAGCUAAAAACAUACUUCUAAAGGUGAACUCCAAACUGAUGGGUAUAAACCAAGCCAUCGACAUGAUCGCCAUGCCGAAAUGUAUAAAGGACACGACAGUGAUGAUCGUAGGGGCUGACGUCACGCAUCCCUCACCGGAUCAGUCGAAUGUUCCCAGUAUCGCUGCAGUGACAGCCUCUAUAGAUCCGAAAUGCUAUAUGUAUAACAUCGAAUUAAGUAUACAAACUCCAAAGAAAGAGAUGAUCGUGGAGUUUGAAGACAUGAUGUUCGAUCACCUGAAGGUGUACAAAGACCGCAACCAAGGCAGAUUGCCGAAGAAGAUAUUUGUGUUCCGUGACGGUGUAUCUGAAGGGCAGUUUUCACAGGUAAUGAAUAGUGAAUUGGCGGCAGUCCAUAGCGCUUACCAGCGCAUGGCAGGUAUGCAGAAUAAGCCUGAAGUGUUGUUCCUAUUGGUACAGAAACGACAUCAUACGAGAUUGUUCAAUGACGGCCCCAAUGUCCAAUAUAACGUGGAACCAGGCACAGUCGUCGACACGGAUAUUGUGCACUCGUCUGAAUUGGACUUUUAUCUCGUGUCUCACCAAGCAAUAAAAGGCACGGCUCGUCCGACCCGCUACCACACAGUCUGCAAUGACGGCAAGAUCCCUGAUGAUGAAGUGGAACAGCUGACUUACUACCUUUGCCACUUAUAUUCACGGUGUAUGCGAUCCGUGUCUUACCCUACGCCUACCUACUACGCCCAUCUUGCCUGCCUGAGAGCCCGAUCGCUUACUCAUGGCGAAAAAUUCGAUAAUCGAGAACUGGAACGUAAACCAAAGCGGCUUCAUGUUCUCGACAAGAUGCUGCAAUUCAGCCGCAUGUUCUUCGUUUAAUAAUAUUAUAAUAGUGCUACACAAUCUUAGAAUAGUGACGGAAUUUAUCAGUUUUUUAUACUCUAGAUGUACCCUUUAUAAAUAAAUGUAACGCACACAAAAAAUACAAAAAAAAAAAACUAAUAAAAAAUACAAAAGAAAUAGAAAUCAGUCACUUGUGCAGUGAAACUAUGUAUUUUACUAGUCCAGUAUUCGAAUCGUAACACAAAAAUAAAAAAAAAUAUGUAUAAACGUGAUUUUUUGAGGCCCAAUCGAACCAGAGGUUUGGUUUUAUGUGAUAAUUAAUUGUUUUGUUUACGUAUAUUUAUUAAAAUCACUAUUUCUUUUAUUAAAAAUCUGGCAUCGGCGACUAAGUUCCAUCUACCGUUGGACAGGGCUCCAAAGACCUCACGAUGCGUGCCGGUAGAAGGAGAAUUGCCUUCGGUGUCAGCCUCUUGAUCCAUCCGCUAAUUUCUGAGAUGGCAAUCUGAGUCUUAAGAUUAACCCAUUAUUGGUCAACACAACAGUCUGCAUAAUGACAGCUACAUCCAUAAUCUACAUUUCUCCUCACCCCAGACGGGAGGAGUCAUUGAAUGACCCUCCCCCGUCCCCCCUUUAUGUGAUUCGUCGCUCGAGGUCGCAGAUCUUGUCUCUAAAUUGAGGUCGAGCAGUUUUUAAAGGGGGCAAAAAUUAUAAAAUACCAUAUCCCGCCCUGGGUGAGGUGUCAGGGAAUAUUAGACUUUAAAUCAUAAGAAGUAGUUUUAGUUUAGUUUUAAUCAUUUUUAAUGUUUUUGCCUUUUGAUUUACUUUACUUAAUUUUCAUAAGUGUGAUGUACUUUUUCAGUUUGAUUCAAUGUUUGUGUCAAAUUGAAAUAACGUUUGUAUUAAAAAAAAAGUUUUUGGAUUAAAAUAUUAAAUUCACUGCUAAUUUUAGGACAUAAAACCAAUGUGUCAAUGUCUUAAUAUAAUGCUUAGACCUAAAUUUCAUAAGACUAGUAAGUGCCUGAUCUUGAAGCAAAUACAACGUGAUGUCGUAAUUGGAUUUCUCUUUAACAUAUUAUUAUUUGAAACUUUUACUUAUUUGAAAAAUUAAAUUAAAGAUUAUUUUUUAUUUGUAUAGAAGCAUUAUUUCAAAAUUGUAAGUGUACAUAUGUGGGCACUAUGUUUGAAACAACCCGCUUUUUUAAUUUAUAUUCUUUACAAAUUGGUUUUAUUGUCCCAUAGUUUUGACGUCGUAUUGUCGUUACAUUGUUCCUACAUAUAUAUACAAUAGGUAAAUGAUCAAAUAAUGUAUCAGAGAUAUUGUAAAAAACAUUUUUGAAAAGAGUAACGAUGGAGUUUCUUGCUCGUUCUUCUCCAUUCGAAGCAACACUUUGGAACGAGCGCCUAGCUUCACUGACAGACAGACUGACGGACAAUUCAAUUUGACGUUUCAAAAGUGCCUAAUUUAGGAUUAAUUGAAAUAAAUGCUUUGACUUUGACUUUGACAUAAUGCGUGACACUUUACGGGGGGCGCGGGACGUUACAAACCACGCACUUCUCGUAUUUUCCAUCUAGCGGUCUAAUACUACAAAAAAUGUUGCCAUUUGUCCACAUUUUAAUGUGACACUUUCAGAGCACUGCUGUAUAUAGGUUACAAAACCUAUUAUAAUAUCAUUGGGCAUGGCACAUCUUUUGAGUCACAGUACACAAUCACAAUAUGGCAUCUCCUCUUUGUACUUGCUUCAUGGUCUGAUAGCCACGAUGUACCAAAUAUGUAGGACAUAUUUUAUAUGAACUAUUUGUCGCAUUAUGGCAAUAGGCUCACCACCUAUUACAUGGGACUUACAACAUAAAUUGUGAAAAGUGGGUGUACAUUGUACAGUGGCAUUACAUGCCCAUAAUGUGCACCUCUGCCUACCCCUUCGGGGAUUAAAGGCGUGACGAUAUGUAUGUAUUUGUCGCAUAAGUUUAUUGGGUACUUAUAUGAAAGUUGUGAAACAGGCGUCAGGCUCAAUAUUCAACACUAGCUUAUUAGCAAUAGAGUAGAUUUUCACAGAUUAAAUUAUUUUUGCGAUGGUAUUUCAAAUCAGUGUGAGAGCAAUAAUCGGGUUUAAUCAUUUUCAUCCUUAUUUAUAUGUAAUUAGAGUUCAUUAAAGCAAGAUCCGCCUUUCGCUAGAUCUGUGCAAAAUUUUAAGUUUUAAUUUAUCAGAAUGAAAACGUAAGUAUGUUGCUAAGCUCAAAACUCAGGAAUGACUGCACCGGUUUCGAUUUUAUUAUUGUGAUUGUUAGUCUUAGAAUGUUUUUUAUAAAAGGAAAAGUAAGUAAGUCGGAAAAUUACCUCCGAAUAAUUAUAAGAGUGUACUAAUCAUGUAAAUCAUCGCUUAAAUAAUGUGUUUGAACACAAAAAAGACAAAAAAAAUGGAUCUUUUGUAUUUAUUUUUACAGGGUGUGUUGUGGUAUGUAUUUGAUAUAAUUCCACGUUCGCUGGUUUAAUUGCAUUUACCGUGUAUCUUUAUCUAUGUAAAUGUUAAUUAGAUGGUGAAAUAAAUUACUUUAAGGUCCAA